AUGUGGAUCUUACCAGUAAUAAAAUGGGUGAUCUCGAUGAUACGAGGAAAUCCACUAUUGAACGAAGGAAUCCGAUUUUUGUUGGCGGGAAGUUUCUUUGAAUUCAGCAGGAGGUUCUCUAGUUAUCUCAUGGGUAUUUUAUCCAAAAGUCUAUUCGCCACUGCUAGAAUAUCAGAAAACGAUCAAGCCUUUGAAUGGAUCUAUCAUUACUUAUCGAUAUAUCCGACUCCUUCGUCGUCUCCUUCAAAUUCUACUUCUACUUCAUCCCACUCUGGUGGUGAGAGCGAAGAUGAUUUUCAGAAUAAUAACAGUAGGAAGACUUGCGAUACGUAUUCGUUCGUCAAUAAUCUGAUCAAUCAAUUUUGGCAAAACGAUCAAACUAUACCGAUGGACGUUCAAUUAUCGACUAAGAAACCUAAACAUCACGGAUAUGGAUCUGGAUCUGGAUCUGGAUAUGGAGGAGGAUACAGCAGGAGAGAGUAUAUAGGAGAUUAUAUCGAAUCGAAAAGUGGUUUGAACGGUGUCAAGGAGAUAAACCUUUGUGUUACUCCAAGUUUAGGCACAAAGCAAAGGAUCAAAUAUAAUGGAAGAAUAAUCAAAAUCGGUAUUGUAAAAGGUGAUGAUUCGCCAUUUGAACAAGAUAGAAAAUGGAUUAUCAUGACUACAUUCCUAGGCACACCCACGGUAUUCACACCUUUGAUACAUGAAGCUAGAAAAUCAUAUCUUGCUUUAUCUUCACAUUCAACAUCGAUUUACACACCUCAUUUCGGUCAUAGUGCAAAUUGGAUCCGAACUUUUUCUAAAAGAAUCAGACCAUGGGAAUCGGUCUUCUUACCUGAUAAAGUAAAAGAUUGGAUUCUGAAAGAUGCUAAAGAGUUUCUACAUGAAAAAGAUUUUUAUCUUGAUAGGGGGACUCCGUGGAGAAGAGGAUACCUAUGUUUCGGCGUGGCUGGAAGUGGUAAAAGUAGUUUAAUCAGUGCAAUCGCCGCUAAACUCAAAUUGGAUAUUUACCUUCUCAAUCUAGGUGCUAAAUCGUGA